AGCUGCACGAUCGUCUGUUUGUAGCCAGCUCAAAACACGCGUGACGUCGGCAGAGUAACCUGAGCCCACUUUUCGCUGGUGUCACCGCUGCUGUGAUCUAUUCCUAUAGCUGCUCGCCGACUUUAGUGCUUGGCUGUAGCGCGCACGCCGUCCCAGCUCCCACCACACGCGAAUCGAGAGAAGGAGGGAAAAAUAGCCGUCAAUCAGCCGCCCCGUCGCUCGGGGUCAGUCGUAAGAAGCCUCCGUUUUUUUCCGCUCCUAUUUUAGCGUUGGCCGGCGCGGUGGCGUUCACAAUCGAAAACGCAGCACGGCCAGUUGAGCCCUCGUUCUGACCUCUGCUUGAGUGCUGUGUGUCAUGUCGCGCUUGAAGGAUGUCUACGGAGACCUGCGCAAGGAGAUGACUGCGACGUUUGACCGCACGGACAUCGUGUCCGUCGUAAGUGGCGGCAAGGCCGGCUACGCGAAUCUCAAACACCUCAACGUAGGCUCGCCGGGAAGUGACGUGAGCGAUCUAGGAGACACGGCAGAUCUGGAGGAGCUACUGGCACAGGGAUCCAGUCAAGGGCCGCAGACGCAUCCGGGUAUUAUUUGCUGCGCCAUCUUCUCGUUCUCAGGCUUCUUCUUGCUGCUCAUCGUGGGCUGCAUCGUGAGCAGCAACUCGCUAUACAUUAAGGUUAAACCGCCUCAUGGUCAGCCCAAGUCAUCGCUGGCAACGAGCAUUUUCCUGGCCGCGUUCCUGUAUCUGUGUGUCUUCGGCACCAGCAUCAUGUAUUUCCUGCGUGCGCGACGUGCACAGAAGGUGUAUCAGCUCUCACUCGACGUGCACGCCGACUAAAGCUGUCAACAUCUAGUUAGGGUGCGAGCGAGACAAGCGCUCGCCCAGGUGCACCGAAUCUGUAGAUUAGCAACGGAGAAACGAGAAACAACCGAUAACCACGAGCACAAUACAAGCAGCAGCAAUAUAUAGAGCGAGACACGGAGGUUUCGUUCAAACACACGUGACCGAGACACACAGCACCAAAACAGCCACGGGCCAUACAGGAGCAAUAUACACACCCAGACCACGACACGGCGUUGUCCUUCGCAGCGAAUACAUUACACUUCAUUCUCCAUGCGCUGGCGUCUGGUCAGUUCCCUCUUCAUCUUCUGUAGGUCCAUCAUAAACGAGUAGCAGGUUCUUCUCAUACGCAGCGGCAAGCACUUGCUUGGCGACUUCCACUUUGGCUUUCUUUUUGCUGAUGGCGUUGCCAGUAGCGAUCUGCUCGCCGUUUAGAAAGCCCGUGCACUUGAACUCGGUGACUUCUUUGUUGGGCGACACGUCUUCAAUAUCAAAACGGGCUUGGAGACUUCCACGUUGGGUAAGUUGGUUCAGCAAGGGCAACGGUUGGAGCUGUCGCUCCAGCCAACUCACUCGUACAGGAUACUGCGGUCCAUUGUCGUCUGUCUGAUGAGCUUUUGGAGCUUCAGCUUCACUCUUCAACGGCUGGCCACUGGCCUUCGCGCGCUCGAAUCUCUCCAAGUAUGCCUGAUCUUCGGGAGUCAAUUUGCCAGCAGCUUCCUUGUCGUGCCAGAGCUUUUCGAUUACGAUUUUACACGCUUCGUUCUUCACAAUUUUCUUAGAAGCACCUAGAACACCAGUCGCGAGCACUUGACCCGUAGCGCCGUUCACAAUAGUACACUCGAAUUUUGGCUCUUCACCCAUGUCAGCGUUGUAGCGAG